UAUGUGUCAGUAGAGGGAGCGUCGCUCGCUCCUUUGUUUUUACAAUUGUUGUUUAUAACGUUGUUUGUGCCCGUGUGUGUCCGCGGAUGGUAUUUUCACGACAAUUACAAUGGCCAGACUAGUGUAGUGUUGGUGAUAGUGCAACCGUUGGAUCUUUAAUUGAGGAUUAGCCGAGUUACGAGGAUUUUUAAGAUGACGGAGGCCAGAUCGCGGGUCUAGGAUCAGCCAUGUCCUGGAUGUCCCCCAACCUCGCCUGGCUGCAAGUCCUGCUCAGCCUUCACGUGACUGCCUGGCUGCAGAACGCGCCACCAAACAUAGUCUUUCAUCAAAAUGAAGAGCCUGGCUGGAGGUUCUUGGGCAAUGAGUCCUACACGGAUCACUUCACGCUUCUACAGAAGGAGCACUCGUCAGUCCUCAUUGGAGCGAGAAAUUACCUGUACAACAUUAGUCUGGUCAACAUGACCGAAUUUGUACACCAGAGGAUAUCAUGGCAACCCUCUGGCGCUCACAGAGAAUUGUGCUUCCUCAAAGGAAAGUCUGAGCACGACUGCCAUAACUACAUUAGGAUAGGAGCUCGCACUGAUGAGGAGCAUAUGAUUGUGUGUGGAACCAACGCUUACAAGCCACAGUGCAGAACGUACAGGCUAGGGCCUGAUGGUGGAGCACUGGAACACCAGAAGGAGACGGAAGGUCAAGGAUUCUGUCCUUAUGAUCCGACACACAAUAGCACAGCUGUAGUCGCAGAUGGGCAGAUGUAUUCUGCGACGGUGGCUGACUUCUCAGGGUUGGACGCUCUCAUUUUCCGAGAACCUUUGAGAACGGAGAGAUCGGAUCUAAAGCUGCUAAACGAUCCUAACUUUGUCAGCUCAAUGGUCUACGACGAAUAUGUUCUGUUCUUCUUUCGAGAAGCUGCAGUCGAGUAUAUGAACUGUGGAAAGGUGGUGUACUCCAGGGUUGCGAGGGUCUGUAGGAAGGAUAAAGGAGGACCUCAUCAGUUCGGAGACAGAUGGACGUCCUUCCUGAAGGCCCGACUCAACUGCUCCGUUCCUGGCGAUUAUCCCUUCUACUUUGAUGAAAUCCAGGGAGCCAGUGAGGUGGUGAGAGGUCAGUACGGAGGUGAAGGAGCGGAGUUGGUCUACGGAGUGUUUACAACUCCGGUCAACUCCAUUGGCGGCUCAGCAGUGUGUGCGUUCAGUAUGAGAGACAUGAUGCGGACGUUCGACGGAGAGUUCAAAGAACAAGCCACCAUGAACGCCAACUGGCUGAGGGUCUCUCCUUCCAAGGUGCCAGAGCCCAGACCAGGUCAAUGUGUCAAUGACAGUCGUACACUUCCUGACGUCUCUGUCAACUUUGUCAAGUCUCACUCUCUCAUGGACGAGGCUGUCCCGUCGUUCUUCAGCAUUCCCCUCCUCGUCCGCAUCAGCUCCCAGUACAGGUUUUCCUCUAUCGCUGUUGACCCUCAAGUUAUGGCUGUCAGUGGAGAAGUGUACGAUGUUAUGUUCGUCGGGACAGACGACGGCAGAGUGUUGAAGGCAAUCAACAUCGGCCAGCGUGGCAGUGAGCCGGCAGUACGCAGCGUGGUGGUGGAGGAGCUGCAGUUACUGCGUAGCUCGGAGACAGUCCGCAGGCUCAGUGUCGUCAGGGUGCCAGGGCAGGAGGAUAGGCUACUGGUAGUGUCAGAUGACGCUGUCGUCUCGGUGCCUCUGCAUAGGUGUGGAAGUGGGAAAAUCACAAACUGCAGUGACUGUAUCGGCCUACAAGACCCGUACUGUGCUUGGGACACAAGAUCUCGUCAGUGCGUGGCUCACGGAGAGAACAACAACAAGAAACAUUUCUUACAGAACAUUCCCCGCGGGGAACAUAAGGCCUGUCCAGCACCUACACAUGUCAUGUCAGCCAUGGCACCUCAACCUUUGGACGACAAGGAUAUAGAUGAGCAGUGCCCGCAGUGUUCCGCUUGCAAUCCUUCCCCUUGUACAAACUCUAUCGACAGCAACGCCAUCCCCAAUUCGGAGAAGAUUGUGAUUUACUCGGCCGACACUCUAGGCAUGGCCGUCGCUACCUCCGUGUUGGCAACAUUGGUGGUCGGGUUCGUCGCAGGGUAUUUGUUCUCUCGUCACUUCCGCCACGAGAGCAGUUACUCCAACAUGCCUCUGCAUAGCCAUCAGCAGCUCAACAGACUGACUGAUCCCAACCUGAACGCUGAAAGCUCAUCUUAUUUGCCUCCCUGUGCCAACAACAAACCCGCAAUCAACCUGGUACUGAACGUGCCGCCGAAAAAUGCCAACGGCAAAAACGCCAACUCCUCCACAGACAACAAACCUAUUCAGAAAGUGAAGAAGACUUAUAUCUGAUACAAGGAUUAGCACACAGUGUUACUGCCUUAUUGUGAAAGUGAAUCAAAUGCCUUCCAUGACUCGAAGCGAAUUGGACUGACGAAAUACUCAUUUUGUGAUCCUGACUAGACUUUUAGCGAGCGUUCCGCUAUUGUAUAUGGAAAAGUGUUAAUAAUUACCUAGAUAUAAUUCUACGAUUGCCAGUAGGUUAAGGAGAAGUAAUUGUAUAAAUAUAAAUAGCGAAGUUUUAUAAAGUAUAAUAUUAGGGUAAGAUGUUACAUUCCAUAAAUUAGAAUUUUAAUUUUUAUCACUGAAAAUCUAGAAAUCGCAUGCCACAUAGACGUAGGGUAAAAGAAGACUGUGAUUGUAAAUGUAUGAGUUGGAAUCGGUUUUAAAUUGUAAAUUCCGAAGAGCUUUUUAUGUGUUAUAUUUUAACAAUUUUAUAUUUCAGUUGUAAAUUCAAGUUUGUAGAUAAGAUUCGCUCGAAGCGAGUAUUUAUUGUGUACAGUAAAGAAUUAUUUGUCCCACCCUCUCUUUAUCAGUUACUUAUCUUGUAACGCACAUAUAAUAUUAGUGGUUGUCUUAUUUUGUAGUUACGUCUUGAGCUCAGACAAUAAGUUAGUUUAGUUGAGGUGCAUCAGAUACAGACGGCUAUUCCGCUUUUUGUUUACCGUGGCUUUGACUUUAGACUAAAUGAUCUCAGUUUUUGGGUAUAUACUAAGUCGCCAGAAACGGUCGGGGAUCAUUUAUUUGGGUUUUCUUUUCUUAUGUUUAACAAAAGUGAAAUGAUGGUAAGCAUUUCUUGAGACAUUCACAUAGUGAAAAAAAUCUCUUGUUGGUCAGACCAAAAGUGAAUUAAGUGAAUUUUUCAUCUUUCAAAAAGUGAAAAUUUCAACAAACUGGAAGUUUUCUUUGAACUUUCUGGAUUUCAAAUUCAGGUAAACAAUGAUUUUUGUAUCGUAGAAACAUACACGAAACCCCAGUGGAUGCUUCAACAGGAAUCUUAUCAUCUUGUCACUUUACUUAAAAAGUAGAUGUCUGUGUUAUUUCUGAAUUGUUGCUCUCUGUAAAUAUCUAAUUAUUUGUAAAUUGUUUUUAUUUUGUAAGUAUUGCUGCUGGAUAUUUUUAGCCUCCUAUACGAAUGUUAUCAUAUUGAAGAUCAGUAUUUUGGGCUGAACCUUUUAUUUUUGUAAAUGCUUUUAUACGAUGUAAACAAAACAAUAAAAUUUCUUUUUUAUUUUAA